CGGGGCGGAGCCGGGGAGCAGAGCGACGUCCAGAGCGUAUCGGAGACGAUAGCGGUAGCGGGGCGGGCUGGGCUGAAACCCCAAGAGGAGGAGGAGGAGGAGGGGGAGGAGGCAGAUGAGAAGAACCGGAAGCGAUGAGAGUGCGGUUUCGUUCUUGACUGAGGCGUGACCCCAGGGAGGAAUUCGGUAGGCUGCGGUUCUUGAUCGUUCGAAGGAGCGAGCGUAGAGUGCAGACACAGAGUGAAAGAGAGCGAGAAAGAGAGAGGGAGAGGGUUGACAGAGAGAGAGAGAGAGAGUGUGAGAGAAAGAGAGAGAGAGAGAGAGAGGUAGAGGGAGCGUUUUGCUGGGAAAGGAAGGAGGGAGAGACUCGUUUCUUGGUAAGAGGCGGCUCGAGUGAGAGGAGAGGACAGGAGGGAGCAGGGGAGGUGAUUGGAUGAUGAUUUGAUUGACGGGGAGGACCGAGCGAAGGGUUGGUGGUGGUGGUGGUGGAGGUGGAGGUGGAGGUGGUCGCAUUCUGUGGAUUGGAUCGGGGAACUGGAUUGGAAAGGAAGGAUUUGAGGAGGGAGGGAGCAUUCAUAUAAAUGCAGGGGACGACGCAUUCGCUGAGGCAGCGAGGGCAAGCCCGAGUGGUUGCGUGUGUGUGAGCAGAUUUUUUGCCAAUCCAUCCAUCCAAUCAUAGUCACUUGAUCAAGACACUUGACAGUCCGCCAAUGAAACUUUUCGUAGUAGAGUAGUGUGACUGCUGGGUCGUCUUCUCUCUAGGAUACUUACGUAUUGUAGUAAGAGUUUGUGGGACUAUUACUCCUCCUCUUUGUUGGUUUGGUUCUCUGCUGCUGGCUGCUGCUCGAACUCGUUGCGUUGCGUUGGUUGCUUUGCUGGCUGGCUGGCUGGCUUGCAGGCGGAUUCAGUUCAGUCGGUUGCCACACGGUCCGAUUGGGGCUCAGUUCAGUGGGAGGAGAGUGGUACUAUAAGUGAGGUGGGCCGGGGCGGAGAGCGGGAAGGAGGAGGUGGUGGUUGGUGGUGUUGAAGAGGAUUAAAACCAAGGGAGGGUGGUUGUGGUGGUGGAUUACUACUAACACAUACUAUUUCGUGGGGGCGGGGCCGGGUGCAUACAUCUGUGGUGGGAGGGAUUGUGUGGGUGUCAUCGUCGGCAUUAUGUUCUCCAGAGGGAAUCUUUUGGGAAGCGGGGGAGGUGCAGAUGGAUACGAGGUUGGGGCAAAAAGGCAGCGAUUAAUCGAUGCAGGCCCUUAUUUUGGCGGGGGCCCAGCGCUCUCGCAAGCCAGCUUGGCUUAUGGAAGUCCGAAUAUCGCGCAAGUGCUUGGACAACCACGUCCGUUUCCGGUGGUGCGGUUGCGGGGACUCCCUUUCAACUGCAGUGAGAGUGACGUCUUCGAAUUCUUUGCAGGACUCGAUGUGGUAGACGUCCUUCUGGUGCGGAAGCAAGGGCGUUUCUCAGGGGAGGCGUUUGUGGUUUUCGGUGCACCGAUGCAAGUGGAUUUUGCUCUGCAAAGAAAUCGCCAGAACAUGGGACGGAGGUACAUUGAGGUCUUCCGUUGCAAGAAGCACGAUUAUUACCAGGCCGUUGCAGCAGACGUUGCAGAACCCAAAGAUGAUGGUGGACACAUUUCUACGCCCCCGGGCAAAGUCUCGUCGGAGAAAGAUCAUCUUGAACAUACUGGUGUGUUGAAGCUCAGGGGCUUGCCAUUUUCAGCAUCCAAACGGGAUAUCAUUGACUUCUUCAGAGAGUAUGGGCUGACAGAUGAGAAUGUGCACAUUGUGUCACAUGCGGACGGACGAGCUACUGGAGAAGCAUUCGUGGAGUUUGCGUCGCCCUCGGAGUCUAAGGCUGCGAUGAGCAAGGAUAAAAUGACCCUUGGCAGCAGAUAUGUCGAGCUCUUCCCCUCUUCUCGUGAGGAAGCUACCCGAGCGGCAUCCAAAACGAGAUAAUUUUGCUGAUCAGUUUUCUUCAUCAUAAACAUCCGCGGAGGGAGGGCAGGGCAGAUUACAAAAUCUUAGACACAGAGCCAGCUUAGAUGAUACAACCCACCACACACAAAAGUGGUCCACAGAAUUCAAAGUUACUGAUGUGGAAUCUUUUGACUACAACACAUGAUCGGAAAAUGAAAUGAGGUAAGUCCCUUUACAUGUUGACCUAUACGAUGAGUAAGAAUUUCACCUCUCAUGGGUGAUGAGGUCUUUUUCCAGGACAACUGAUUGCGGAGAAUUUUCAGGACCUCGCGUUGUACAGUUCUCUGGCUUUCAAUCAAAUUCUUGACUCAAAAGGGAUUGAACAAAAUUACCGAGUUGUUGUGUUUUGUUUGCACAUUGUUAGUGUGUAACUGGUACACAAGUAUGCCCA